AUGGGGAGUGCGGCCAAAAACAUCCGGGACAAGCACGUGGCAGCGCUCUUGCAUAACGUGCUGGUCAAUUCUGGCAAUUCCAACGGCGGAAUGUCUGUGAAAGAAGAAGCUCGCAUGUCGUUGCACUCUGAUCCGCCGAUCCUGGUGUUCUGGCUUGAACGUCAAACCAUGAACUAUGACCAGGAAAAGGUUCAUCACGAACUUGCGCUGAUUUGCGAUGAGCACUGGACCAAGAAGGGACUCGAUGUUGCUGGAAAUCCGGACAUUCCUGCGUCGCAUCGUCCCCUCCCAACUUUGCGGAUGCCAUCCAACGAUGCAUCACAGCAUUUUCGGUUGCAGCAGCGGUCUUUUCAAACGACCAUGCGCGGUACCACCGCAGCAACCAGCCUUGAGCGGCAGCACCCCGGGGAGGAAGCGUUCGCUGCGUUCGUGCGCGAACGGGCUGAGCGACAAGUCGGAGGCACUAGUCGUUCCGGCGCCAUUCGAUUUGUUACAGGGCCCUCUGCACAAAAGCUCAGGGUAAGCAGUGCGCUUACGGCGUGCGGCCACGGCACGGCGAGCUCCUUCGAGGCGGCAGAAGGCCGCGAGCGCCCUUCGUGUAAGUGCCGCUAUCAAGGUCACAUUGCAGCACAAGGCUUGGAGCUGCAUGACACUAUACGCGACGAAAGACACCGGGGCUGCAUGGCGUGCAUGGCGCACCAGGAUGCACCUGACUGCCUUAAGCGAAGUGAAACGAAGAAACAGCCCAGUCCAACCACAGGCUGCCGCUUCGGUUGGGCCAUGCCCGGCCGGCGGAACUCCGCUGCCCGUGCAGGGUGGCCCCCUCAUCUUCUGCACACUUUUCCGGAUGCCGCCAGCUUUUGCUCCCGCGCAUGCUGCUCCACCAGGGAGCCGCGACUUCCCAAAUCGGAACUCGGAGAGAGCUUCGACCGGCUAGCCUCCUUGAAGACUUCAUCGUCGGUUCUCGGCCCACUCCGAGACCCGGAACGCGAGCCGAAUGCAUCCUUUGACCCCGAAAGGCGUUUCGCACUGUUCGGGACGCCGUCAUCUCCCGCCCCCAUCCGCCCCAGCACCUUCGGAACCCAGAGUUAA